UCAAAUUUCAGUGUGUGAUUUUGUGUCAUUUCAUUUUUAGAUAAGUAUAUUUUAUUUUUAUUUGAUUGCCUAUUAAUAUUUACUGCAUACCAAAAUGGUAACAAAUAGGAAACAAAAAAGCAAUGACCGGAAGACAAGACCUUCAGGAUUUGGCUCUUCAGUCCCACGGUUUGGCAAAUUAACCCUACACCCCAACCUAGACCCCAGCGGACAGUUCAAGCUGCAAGAAGAGGCCAACGAUCCCUGCCGCUACCACCCUAUUCCAAUCCAUGAGAUAUUCGUCGUAAACAAGAACAGAACCGACGCCAAAGACGUAUGGCGCUUCAAAGCCGAAAUGGAAGAUUGGUGCAAAAACCUGGGCUACAGAAACCAGAAAAUUCUGCAACACCGACGCUGGAUGCAAUCCGUGGGUGGGCCGGCAUGGUGUCAACCUCAGGACUUGCCCAAAUAUGAAGCUGCCUGCAAAAACGUAGGCUUCGGUAGAGCCCCGCGCUUUAUACCAAAAAAAUGUUUCACCCCCCCUCCAGGGAUAUACUUCAAAGCCACUCCCUACAAAGCCCCCUACGGCCCUCAUUCUACUUUGCCCUCCUUUGAAUACGGAGAGCCCUGUCGAUUCCCUGACAGAACCUUCAAUUGGAGCCUUGCUCCUAAUCGUUACACUAUCGUCGACAAGGAUAGCAUCGAACAGAAAUCCAAUAAACUAGUCUCACUUCGGGGUCCGUACGAACUGUUCACGGGGCGGAGGGACACCAGUACCAUAAUAAGCCAGUUUAACGGACGCAAAUGUCCAGCCGCGACGUGGCCAGUUGCUUUGCCGGGAAGUUUCGAAAGGUUCAAAAAGACUAGAUUAGGUGUGAUGAAUAAAACAGGGAGGGAUAAAUCUUACAAAGGGCGAAACGCUUUGGUGGAUAUCGCAAUGGCACCGCGGAAACCGUCCGACCCAGGGCCGUUAGACACGAACAUCGAUAACCCUAAAGUGUUUAAGCAGAACAAGCGUGGAUUCAACAGUUCUUACGACCGCCCGCCUGGAUAUCAGCGUACCAUUGUGUGGCCCGCCGUAGGCCGGUACCAGGCUCAACCGCUUAGCUGCGGUAUCAUAGGCCAUGGUCACAAACAUGUGUUCCUGAGCAAGCAACAACGCACAAUUGGCGCUUAUUUACCGGAGCCUAUGAACACUUUCUAAAAAUAGCGUCAGGUAGGUACAUUCACUGCACAAGAACCUACAGAUCUGCCAACCUCUAUUUACUCGAGUUAUUGGUUCAUGUGUACAGUCAGCUUCAAAUAAAUAGUGACGGCCAUAGUGGCCAAAUAUAGAGUCGUGGAAUGUAUGCGUCACUCUUCUCUUUCCGAACAGACUCUAAUAUCAUAACACACCUUUGUCACCAUAAAAAUAAGGAUGUAAGUAUUCCGAUAUAUUUAGCCAGCGUGGCCGUCACUGUCAAUAUGAUAAUAUGCUACUGUUUAAAAAUGUGUAUAUGCAGUGAUCGUUAGAAUACCGACAGAAUCGUCUAAUUCAGUUUGAAACCUGGGAUUUUCGUAGUACAGAUCACUAUUAGAUACAUUUAAUUAAUAUUUUGAUAACUGUUACGAGGUUUUACCUCCGUCGAUUAAAUCGUUGGGUGACAAGCAAAAGUCACUAAGUACUAUCAAAAAAUUAAAGUAACUAUGCACUUUAUUACACUUGUACAUGCACGGUUUAUUGUCCAAUAAU